CCUUCAGUAGUCGAGUGUGCCAGCAUGUUGCCAAGAAGCCCGCACUUCAUUUCGAUGAGUAUCUCCCGUGCCGUCAUUUCCAGUUUUCUGUUAUUGGCCGUGUCGUUUUAUUUCUACGCUCAUUACACAUCAAAUGCUGCUGUCAAUGGUGUCACAACUUCGUCCAUCUUCCACCCCGAAGAUCCUAGUUCACCGACAACUCAAUCGAAUGGCCAAUCUGAUAGGCAAAUAGCCCAGCAACCGUGUCCGCUGGUUUCACCUCAACUCACUGGAUGGACAAAUUUGUCUUCGGAGGCGAUGGCCGCCAUCCUUCAAGAGGAUCAAAUGACAGUCGAAUCGAAGAUGGAAGCGGCCGGAUUGAAAAUGGGCGGAAGGUAUCAGCCGGAGGAUUGCCGAUCGCCGCACAAAGUGGCCAUCGUCGUUCCGGUGCGCGACCGGAAAGAUCAUUUGACCGUUUUCCUGCGCUACAUGCAUCCGUUCCUCCAGCGGAAGCAACUGGAUUACAUCAUCAUCGUCGUCGAACAGUCUGACGGUUUGCCAUUCAACCGAGGGAUGUUGAUGAACGUUGGCUUCAAAGAAGCUCAGUUAUUAAAUGAAACAUUCGACUGUUUUAUCUUACACGACGUUGACAUGCUGCCGGAACACGACGGCAAUCCUUACACCUGUCCGGAAGUCGGAAAGCCUCGCCAAAUGGCAUUCGCCCUGGAUUAUUUCAAGAAUUAUUCGUCGGUGGGCGAGGGCUUUUUCGGGGCCGUGACUGCCAUAUCGGCGGAUGAUUUCGGACGGAUCAACGGAUUGGCCAAUUCUUUCUGGGAUUGGGGCGGCGAGGAUGAAAACUUUUAUCACCGUGUCGUCUCGCAACAUCUGAAAGUCGUUAGGCCGUUUGACGGCCAGUCGUCCGUCCUCGUUCACUACAAGAUGCAGUCGCACAAAAGAGCUGUGCCCAGUCCCAACCGGCUCGACGUCAUGAAAGAAGGUUUCAAUCGUUUCAAAACAGACGGACUGGUUAAUCUUCGAUACAAGAUAAUCGAUUAUCAAUCAAAAUUACUUAACACUCACAUUCUUGUCGAUUUCCAACGUGAUAACGUCACCGUCGCAUCAUAAUUCUAGGAAAACGUAAUUUGCUUUUGUUCUGUUUUGUUGAAUUUUAUUAAUGUAAUCAAAAUAAAUAUUACCGGUGACUUACAAUCAAAGAAAAUGUGA